UAUUCAAACACAGAAUCUUCUUGCUGUCACUAAGCUGAACUCAGAUCUCCUGCCAACAUGUCCUACAGCAGCUGCUCCGGAAACUACUCCUCCCGCUCCUUUGGGGCAUACCUGCGCUCCCCAAGCUCCUCCUGUCGCUCUUCCUUCCCCAGCAACCUGGUCUACCACACUGACCUACGCUCUCCCAGCACCUGCCAGCUGGGCUCCUCCCUCCCCAGUGGCUAUCAGGACAACUUCUGUGAGCCCACCAGCCACCAGACAUCCCGUGUGGUGUCCAGCCCCUGCGAGAUGUCCUACCACCGCCCGAGGACCUCCACGCUCUCCAAUCCUUGCCAGACGACUCGCUCUGGGUCUGUGGGCAUUGGGUCCAGCAGCUGCCCUUCCCUGGGCUAUGGAUCCAGAAGCUGCUACUCACUGGGCUGUGGAUCCCAGGGCUCCAGAUCCAGGAGUUAUGGAGUCUGUGGCUUCCCUUCUCUGGGCUAUGGAUCCAGAUUCUGGCAUCCAACCUACUUGGCUUCUAGGAGCUGCCAGUCUCCUUGUUACAGGCCAACUUGUGGAUCUGGCUUCUUUUGA